AAGGAAAUUUUAUACUUUUAUAUUUUACACAUUAUCGUUAACAUAAUAAUAAUAAUCUCUCGCGCUUUUCUUUCUUUAUUUUUUUUAAUCUUUUUUCCCUAAUUCUUUUCCUGAUUUUGAUCUGCGAUUUGCUUCGUGGAUUCUCAGUUCAUUCGGGCAGACCUGGAAGUUCAAAGUCAGGAGAUUCACAUAGAGGGAAAAAAUGUCUAGUUCUGGGAAUAAUUUAGGCCGAGGGAGUGCUGGAUUACCCUCGGAUAUUCCACCAUUGCCUCAGUGUUUGCCUUUGGAGCCAAUUACAUUGGGGAGUCAGAAAUAUACACGGUCUGGAGAAUUGAGCCGGGUUCUGGGUAUUCCACUUCGCAGUAGUACUUCGGAGGAUCACUCUUUUGGAGUUUCACACUCCAAACUUUCCCCUCCCGUGGCAACAGAGGAGCUUAAGAAUUUUAAGGAAAGUGUUCAAGAUGCCUCAAGAAAGGCCAGGGAAAGAGUGAAAAAAUUACGUGAGUCAAUUUCUAAAUUGGAAAGGUAUAAAGAAGCUUUAGGCUCAAAGAAGCUGCAACGAAGUGAUAUUUCGAGUGAGAGAACUAGUGGAGCAAGCGUUGCAAAGAUGGGAAGCCAGAUCCAUAGAAACACUCAUGAAAUAGUGACUCAAAGAUUGGAAGAUAGGCCAAAGGUUGUGGGGCUCAACAAGCGUGUUCGCACAUCAUUUUCCGAUUUACGGGCUGAUAACAGGACUGCUGUGAAUCCAAGGCAGCAGGGGACGAUAGAACAGGAUGGUGAUUUGCUUCCAGCUGUUAAUGGGGGUUCUGCAAAAAAUGAAGAAAAGAUCCGCAGACUGCCAGGUGAUGGAUGGGAGACAAAGAUGAAAAGGAAACGGUCUGUUGCAGCUGUAGGAAAUAGAGUUGCCAAUGCUGGUCGAGACAUAAAACGCGCUAUGCAACUGAAGCUGAGUUCUGAAUCAAAGUUGCGGUCAUGUGAUACACUGGGUUUCAGAUCAAAAUCUUCCCCUGGAGUUAGCGGAAUUAACAGGUCAGAUGGUUCAUUUGAAGCUUCUGGUUCAAAUGCCAAUACAGUGCUCAGGAAUGAAUUGGAGAGUACAUUAAUUCCACGUGAUCGUGCAGCUAUGUUAGAGCAGAGGGUUGUAAUAAAAACAAAUAAUAAGGUAAGUCUCCAGGAGGAAAAUCAAUCAACUGGCUCGAGUACAAUGCUAAAAGCAAAGGUUUCAAGGGCACCAAGAACUGGGUCUAUCAUGGUGUUAGACUCAUCUUCUAAAGUUAACCUGUCAUCAGGAGCUUUGCAGGGUUGGGGGGAACAGCCAAAUUUAAAUAAGGUCCAAGCUUUGGGUGUUGCAAGCAAUAAAAAACGUCCAAUGUCUACAGGUUCAUCACAUGCCAUAUCCCAGUGGGGUGGUCAGAGACCACAUAAAAUCUCACGAACAAGAAGAGCAAAUCUAGUGUCCCCUGUCUCUAAUGCUGAACCUCAGAUUUCAUCUCAAGGCAUUUCAACACCUGAUUUUAGUGCUAGGGUAUCUAUUGGAACCGGUGGAUCACUGCUUGGAAGCAGUGUAGAUAAUGUUACUCCAAAAGUUAAGCGGGAGCCUGAGAAUGUUUCUUCUCCUUUUGGGUUAUCUGAGAGUGAAGAAUCAGAGGCUGGAGAUAGCAAAUCAAAAGAGAAAAGAUUUGAUAGUUGUGAGGUUUCUUUGCCUGCAUCUCAAAAAGCUGGGCCUUUCUUAUUGCCCACAAGGAAGAAUAAAAAUACAAAUGAAAUUGGAGAUGGAGUCCGAAGACAAGGAAGGAAUGGAAGCAGUGCACCACCCUUGACAAAGCCAGGUGUACAUCCUAUGAGGGAGAAAUUGAACAAUCUGACAACCGCCAAGCUAAUUCAAAACACAAGAUCUGCUUCUGAUAAAAAUAGAAGUAAAACAGGUCGUCCACCUUCCAAGAAGCUCAAAGAUCGCAAGGCCUCACGUGUUGGGUCGAUGCUAAACAAUGUUUCUUCAGAUUUCACAGGUGAAUCUGAUGAGGAUGAUCGUGAUGAACUAUUUGCAGCUGCCACUUCUGCACGGAAUUCUAGCAGUCUGGCUUGUUCUGGUCCUUUUUGGAAGAAAAUGGGAUCUAUUUUUAGUUCAGUGAGCCCAGAGGACACAUCUUACCUCAGGCAACAGCUAAGUUUGGCAGAAGAACUUGACGAAAGUUUGUCUCAAAUUUUUGGAGAUGGAAUUAAUGUUUUGGGUAUUGUGCAGAAAGAUGCACCUAAUUCUGUUGAAGAAAUGGCCAAAACUAAUGCUGCCUGUGAAAGAUUGGAUAUAAAAAAGUUUGACAAGGUUACUCCUUUAUAUCAAAGAGUACUUUCUGCUUUGAUUGAAGAAGAUGAUAGCGACGAGCUUUACCACCGCAUUGAAGCAAAGAACAUGUCCCUUCACUAUGCAAGUGAUGAUUCCCAUUGUGGUUCAUGCAACCUGAUGGAUGUUGAAUUCAGAGAUAGAGACAAAAUGGAAUCUGAAGUUGAGUCAAAUGCAGAUUUUCAGUGUCAGAGGAACUCUCUGUUAGAUAGGCUGUCUGGUGACGUAAGUGUUGCAUCAAAUACAUUUAGGAAUGGCAGCAUGUCUAAUUCAUUACAUAGCAGUGAAAGGUGGUGGGGAGAUGAUGACUUUUCACACUUGGAUACGGGGCCAGUGAGCGAAAUCUGUUCGACUGACCUGGGUCAGCUCCAACAUAAAGAAAUAAAUGUUUCUGACAGUCCUCUUGACUCUCAGUAUCAGUUGAUGGGUGUGGAUGACAAGCUUUUGCUGGAGUUGAAUAGUAUCGGUCUUUAUCCAGAUUAUUUGCCUGAUUUGGCAGAGGGAGAGGAAGCUAUAAAUCAAAAUGUUUUUGAGCUUAAUGAUUGUCUGUAUCAGCAGAUUCAGAAGAAGAAGAAAAAGUUGGGGAAUAUUGAUAAAGCUAUUGACAAUGGGAGAGAUGUAGAAAGAAGGAACAUUGAGCACAUCGCAAUGGACCAAUUAAUUGAGAUUGCUUACAGAAGACGUUUGGCUUGUCGUAGGAGUAAUUCAUCAAAAAGUGCAGUUCGCAAGGUUUCAAAACAAGUUGCAUUGGCUUUUGUCAAGCGAACUCUAGAUAAAUGUCAAAAAUUUGAACAGACGGGUACUAGUUGCUUUAGCGAAUCUGCAUUGCAAGAUGUCAUGUUUUCUGUACCGCCAUGCAGCAAUGAAGCGAAGUCUGUUGAUUGUAUUGGCUCUGGAACUGCUAGUAAUAUUUGUAAUGAAACUUCCAACCAUCAAGCAGAAGCCAGGGGAUCGGGUGCUGUUUCGAGUACUUUUGAGAGGUUUGAUACUUCGGAUGCUCAUCCAGGCAUUCACAACAAAGGGAGGAAGAGGGAAGUACUUAUUGAUGAGGUUGUUGGUAGUGCAUCUUCUAGGGUAACAUCAACAACACUUGAUGGCAAAGUUGGAGGAGCAAACGGAAAGAGAAGUGAAAGCAGAGAUGAGCGGAAGAUGAAAGCAAAAGCCAAGCAAAAGAAUAAUAAUUUAUCAAGUUCCAGAAAUGGUAGGGCAUCAUCUCCAGGUAAGAAUCGCGGGAGUUCAACUAAAGAAGUAGAGGAACCCAUGGAUUUUGGGAACUUGCAACUAAACGAGUUGGAUACAAUGGAAGAAUUGGGUGUUCCAAAUGAGCUUGGUCCUCAAGAUCUGAGUUCCUGGCUAAACUUUGAUGAGGAUGGCUUGCAAGACCAUGAUUCCAUAGGUUUAGAAAUACCAAUGGAUGAUCUUUCAGAUUUGAAAUUUGCAUUCUGAUAUUCUUGACCCUUUAGGUUUUCUAAUUAUCUGAUGCAAUUUGAUCUGAGAUAAUGUAAUUAUGAUUCAUUUUUCAAUAUAUAUUAGCUAUUAUUCCA